UCUAUGGAACAACGAUUGCAAAAUCUGCUUCAACUUUUACUUCUUCUUCAUCAAUAACUAUGUUUUCCGCUACCGACGAUCUCAACCAAUCUCAGCCCUCCACAUUCUCCUCCAUAGAAUCAUCACGACCAUGCCGUUACUUUGAAUUUCAUGAGAUUCUCUUAGCAACUGCUAACUUUGACGAAUCAUUAGUAAUUGGGAAGGGGGGUUUUGGAAAAGUUUACAAAGGUAACAUUAUCAAUGGACCAAGUCUUGUGGUUGCUGCUAUUAAACGGUUGGAUUCCAUGUCCACUCAAGGGGUAACUGAGUUCUGGGCAGAAGUUGAGAUGCUUUCAAAGUUGCGUCAUUGUCAUCUUGUGUCUUUGUUUGGUUACUGCAAUCACGAAAAAGAAAAGAUCCUCAUCUAUGAGUAUAUGCCAAAUGGAACACUAGAAGACCACCUACAUAAACUUGGUACCUCUCUUUCUUGGCUUCAACGACUCAAGAUCUGCAUAAGUGCAGCUCGUGGGUUAGACUAUCUCCACACUGGCACAGGGAUUGAUGUCGGGGUUAUACAUCGUGAUAUCAAAAGCUCAAAUAUAUUGUUACAUGAAAGUUGGGCAGCUAAAAUUUCGGACUUCGGGUUGUCUAGAAUAGGCCCAACUAAUCAGCCAUCUACUUAUGUCAAUACACUUGUGAAAGGUACUUUUGGAUAUUUGGAUCCAAAUUAUUUCACAACUGGAAGGCUGACUAGGAAGUCUGAUGUGUAUGCUUUUGGGGUGAUUUUGUUGGAAGUGUUAUGUCGAAAACGUGCAGUUGAUAGAAGUCUUGAUGAGGAGCAAUGGGGUUUAGUUGCAUGGGCUCAAAGUUCAAUCAAAGAAGGCAAUUUAAAGAGUAUAAUUGAUUGUGAUAUAAGGGGUGAAAUAUCCACAAAAUGUUUGAAGGAGUUUGUUAGAAUUGUAGAGAGAUGUUUGCUCAGCAAUCCAAAGCAGCGCCCUACAAUGGCUGAGGUUGUGGUCAGUCUCGAUUCUCUAAUGACCUUACAAGAGAAAACCAAUACUUCCUUGCAGGCUGCCAAUAAAACAAUAUUCGGAAAAGUGCUUGAUAUGUUUCCCUCUACCUCCAACAGAGAGAACUCUGCCCGUGGUGAUUCAAAGCUAUCGAGCAAGGGAUACAAUAGAAAUACAAGGUUAAUAGUAUAUAAGUUUAAAGAUUUGAAAAGGGCUACAAGACAUUUCAGUCAGGAUUUGCUUCUGGAUAUGGGAGAUUGUGGAGAGGUGUUCUUAGGUUGGGUUAAUUCAACGGAGGGUGUUGAAGUUGCUGUUGCUGUUAAAAGGUACACGCCAGCUGAUCAUGAAAUACAUCUUCAACGUUGGCAGACGGAGGUGAACAUUUUAGGAGGGUUGGCUCAUCGAAAUAUUAUUUGCCUCCUGGGAUAUUGCGAUGAUAAAAAAAACGAACACUUGCUUGUCUAUGAGUUCAUGAAGCAUUCAAAUUUACGUCAAUUCUUAAGUGGAGGUGAUGAUGUUUCCAAACAACUUCCAUGGGCAAUACGGGUUAAGAUAAUGGUAGGAGUAGCCCGAGGACUUGCUUAUAUGCAUUCGUUUGUAGGUCAAGUCAUACACCGUGAUGUUAAAUCCGCCAAAAUAUUACUGGAUGAGCAUUUUAAUGCACAACUAGCGGGUUUUGGGUCAGCAAGAUUUUUCCCUGAAAUCGGGAGAAUAGAUGUUACCACACGUGUUAUGGGUUCCUUAGGUUAUUUAGACCCAGAAUAUCUUAGUACCGGUCGUGUGAGUUUGGGGAGUGACAUCUAUAGUUUUGGAGUGGUGUUGCUGGAGAUCCUUACAGGCCAACAGGCAAUCUCCUUUGAUCUACCAGAACAUCAACGUAAUUUGGCAACAUGGGCACGAUCAUACCUUGCAGACACAACCGAGCUAAAGAAGAUAAUGGAUCCACGUCUUGAACAAAAUUACUCCUUCAAGGAUGCUUUUGAAUGCGCUACUCUCGCAUCAAGAUGUAUAGCUGAGGUUUCUAAGGAUAGGCCUUCAAGUGCAGAAGUUUGGCAUACUUUGGAACGAAUAUAUGGAAAUUAGGGUUGAAAUAUUGCUUAAGAACAGUGAACAAACACGAUCAAAAUAUAUCUCCUACUUAGAUGUAUCAAUUUCAUAUUAGAGCAUCUGAAUUUCCAAACUGGAGGUUGGCAUUCUCUUUUACAUGGGACCCUUUAAUAUAACUUCCAUCAGUUUCAUGUAUGUACACAAAGAACAAGGGCGUUUUUUUUUCUCUCACUAAUAUGCUCUGUUUUUCCUCUGUUUCUAGAUGCUCAUUUGACCUCUUUGUGUUUCUUUCAGCAUGCAUACCAACUCCUACGGAAAACUCUUGUUUAGUUUUUUAUGAUUUUAUCUAAUAAUGACUCCACGUGAGUUUUAUCGAGCCAUAUGGAUGUAUUAAAAUCUCCACUCAUUA